AUGUUCUCCCGUUCGCUCAGCUCCGUCGCCCUCCUCGCGGUCGCCGCUCUUCACGCGAACGCCCAGGCAGCGGCAGACUGCUCGCGCAACUACACCGUCGUCGCGGGGGACACCUGCGACGCCAUCUGCCAGAAGGAAAACGUGUCGAGCUUCCAACUCGCGAACGUGAACCCGGUCAUCGACUCGACCUGCCAGAACCUCUUCCCCGACGAGGAGCUGUGCCUCGGCGUCGUUGGCCAAGACUGCACGCUCACCCAUACUGUCGUCACGGACGAGACGUGCGUGAGCAUCGCGGCGGCGACGGGGACGACCGUCGAGCUCAUUUUGGAGAACAACCCGAACGUGAACAGCGUCUGUUCGAACAUUCGUAGCGGCGAGGUUCUCUGCGUUGCGGCCACCGUGGUCGUGUCGACGUCGACUUAG